CAGUGGAGACUUUGUGAAAGUGAUGAUUCCUGGGCCCUUUACGGAACGCCUGGCAGCCUCGAUCUACUCAUCUCUUGGGUCCCUUCAUAAUAAUAUUUUGUGAUUCGGUGAGAAAGCUGAGGCUCACAGGGGCCAGGAAGUGGGUGAGGCCAGUUGGAGCCAGGUCAGCUCAUUGUUGUCACAUCAGAACUUCUGCCUGGAAAAUUUUCGCAGAGCAUAGACAAGGGCUCAGCCGGUGGACAGUCCUGGCCAGCAGCUGCGAGGGCUAGAGCCCAGGGAUGAGUGUGCCCAGGGGAGAUGCGAGCCCCGCGGGCCUCCCUCUGACCUGUCGCUGAGGCACGCCCCCCGCCCCAGGCCCAGCAUGCGCCUGUCGGUGCGGAGGGCGCUGCUGGCAGCUGGCUUCGCCCUGGCCCUGGUGCUGGCGGUCCAGCUGGGGCAGCAGGUGCUGGACAUCAUUCCCCGCGUGCUUGCCAUGCGCCAGGCCUGGUCCAAGUCCGGCCGGGAGAAGCUGCGGCUGGACGAGGCGGGCGUGACGGACGAGGUGCUGGACGCCGCCAUGCAGGCCUUCAUCCUGGAGGUGAUCGCCAAGCACGGUGAGCCGGCCCGCGUCCUCUGCAACAAGGACCCCUUCACGCUCAAGUCGUCCGUCUACUUGUCACGCCUGUUCCCCAACUCCAAGUUCCUGCUGAUGGUGCGGGACGGCCGGGCCUCCGUGCACUCCAUGAUCACCCGCAAGGUCACCAUCGCCGGCUUCGACCUCAGCAGCUACCGCGACUGCCUCACCAAGUGGAACAAGGCCAUCGAGGUGAUGUACGCCCAGUGCAUGGAGGUGGGCAAGGACAAGUGCCUGCCCGUGUACUACGAGCAGCUGGUGCUGCACCCCCGGCGCUCCCUCAAGCUCAUCCUUGACUUCCUCGGCAUCGCCUGGAGCGACGCUGUCCUGCAUCACGAGGACCUCAUCGGCAAGCCCGGGGGCGUCUCCCUGUCCAAGAUUGAGCGAUCCACAGACCAGGUCAUCAAACCCGUGAACCUGGAAGCUCUCUCCAAGUGGACCGGCCACAUACCCAGGGAUGUGAUGAGGGACAUGGCCCAGAUCGCCCCCAUGCUGGCUCGGCUCGGCUACGACCCCUAUGCAAACCCACCCAACUACGGCAAUCCUGACCCCAUUGUCGUCAACAACACACACCGGGUCUUGAAAGGGGACUAUAAAACACCAGCCAAUCUGAAGGGAUAUUUUCAGGUGAACCAGAACAGUACCUCCUCCCACUUAGGAAACUCAUGAUUUCCAGAUCUCUGCAAAUGGCUUUGUUGCCGGAAGAGAAGAAACUUUGCAUUCGAGUGGAAAUCGGACCUCUAAUCCAAGCAUAUUGCUUGCUAUUAAUCGCCAAAUCUGGACAGCUCGUGAGAAAUGUAUUUGCAUAUAUUUGCAAAAAGCUGAACAUUGAAAACUUAACCUUAAAACACUCUAUCUUAGGACAAUCCGGGGUAGAGAAGCAACAGUGUGGAAGAGUUCGGCUUUUGAAACUUAGAUAUUUUAUAUGUUUCCCCCUCGAGAACUUUUUCUUUUGAAGAAAGGGAUUUGCCAUCCUCCUUAAUUUGCAGGACCACCGUGGUGGCUUUGUUUGCUGGGACAAGGCCCACCACCCGUGCCUCUCCCAUUAACCCUUAACUUUUGAAUUCAGAGAAUCUAUUUAAGAAUUUAAUAUAUGAGGCUUUCUUUGAUUCCUCCUCAGUUCUACUCAGUUUCACAGAGGAAAAAAAAUAUAUAUUAUUUGAAUCAACUGAACAGGGACUCAUUUGUCCAUGCCUUGCUUUACAGAGUGAGUAGAUUUUUUUCCCUCCGUGUUGUUUUGUCAGGUGGAUUGAUGGUGAGCCAAGGCUGGAGAACAGGUCCACGCAGGGCACGGCUGAACUCCUGUGUCGAGGAUCCCCAAGGCCACCCCUGGGUGAAACGAUUUGCUAGAAAGACUCAACAGAUCUCAGAAAACCAGUUGGACUCAUGGUUACGGUUCAUUAUGGUGAAAGGAUACAGAUGAAAGUCAGCAAGGGAAAAAGGCGUCCGGCCUCGUUCACGGCACAGGGCGGAGUGCAGGAGAGCUCAGGCACCAGCCCCCACAUGUCCUCUCCUGGUGCGGUCUGACGGAUGAGCAUAAUUUUUCCACCAGUGAUGGGUGACCACAUGCACGAAGUAUUGCCAGCCAGGAAGGCUCACCGGGGCCGUGGUGGGCAGCAUUUUUUACUGGGCAUCAGUCACAAAGCUGUGGGACAGCCAAUGACUGCCCUUAGUUUCUUGGUCUCUAGCCCCUCCAAAAGUCAAAUGAUACACAGCAUGACCCGAGACUCCCCCGUCACCAUAAAUCACACCGUUAACAUAGACUCUCUGGCUUGGUGUGGCGCAGGGUCCUAGGUAUAUACAAAGACAUUCUUAUCAGUGAGGACAUCCCAAGGGCUCAGAGAUGAGCUCCCAGGAACUGGUCACGGGCCAGGCCUUUGCUUGGCACGUACAGGGUUUGAAUUCUCCAAGCCUGCCGAGUUAGGCCUCAAUUGCACAACCCCCAAAUGCUUAGGGAUCAGCCGGACCCAGAACGGUUUCAUAUCUUUAAGGGCUAAAUGUUUUGCCCACGCUAUCUUGCCUUAGCUCUGAUGAUAGCAGUGGGGCUUUGGGAAGGCAGUGACUCACAGGGGCGUGGAGUGUGGGAGUCAGGCCAGUGGACCAGCUGUGUGGCUUGAGCCUCUGUUUCUUCAUCUGUAAAAUGGGGAAGUUAGAACUUCCUGGCUCUACUGGGAGGGGCUGAUGGGUGACAUGGGUGGUGGUGCCUGGGAUGUGAUGAGCCUGCCGUGUGAGGCAGCUCUUGUCUCUCCUUGUCUUGCGACAGCAGUGGGAUGGGCAGUUGGAGCCAUGGACACUGGAAGCUCGUGGUCACCCCUCAAGGGGUAGCAGAAGACAUCCAGCCUCGCUCACUGUCCCACUCACCUGGUGCUGCAGACCAGCCAGCCCCCAGCUUUGGGACUUAAAACCAUUUGUUUUGUUUUGUUUUGUGGCGGGGGGGUCAUUGGGUUUAUUUAUCAAUUUUUCUUUUUAAAGGAGGCACUGGGGAUUGAACCUAGGACCUUGUGCAUACAAAGCGCGCACUCUACCACUGAGCUAUGACCCUCCCCCUGUUAAAACCAUUUGUUGUUGAAUCGCUCUGGGAGUUCACUAGAGCGAGCUCAGUGGUUCGCAUGGUCAAGUGGUGGCCAGGACUUCUGUCCUCUGAAGGCUUCUUCAGUCACAUGUCUGGGGCCUGGGCUGGGAUGGUCGGAGCACCUAGAGGCAUCUCCUGGUGUCACUGUCAUGUAGCCUCUGCACGUGGCGAGCCCAGGCUUCCGCACAGUGUGGCGGUCUCAGGAGUGUCAGAUUCCCACAUGGCAGCCGGCCUCCCCCAAAGCAGACGCCACACAACUAAGGGAUAGGCCUGGACCUAGUGCAGUGUCAUCCAGGGCCCUCCUGCAUUCAAGGGAAUGGAGAAACAGACCCUCCUUUUGAUGGCACAGCAGUAGGGUCACCCUGCAGAAGAGCAGGUGGGUGAGAGAGACGGUUUCGCCGACUUUGGGACAUAGAGUUGGUCACAGUCAUCAUAAAAACCAGUUCAUCAGCCUCUCCGGCAGGUCAUCAAAUAGCAUAUGAAUUCAUCAAAUUAAUUAGUUUCAGGGGGGAGGGUACAGCUCAGUGCAUGCUUAGUAUGCACAAGGUCCUGGGUUCAAUACCCAGUACCUCCACUAAAAAAAAAAUAGAUAAACCUAAUUAACUCCCUCUGCAAAAAAAUUUAAAAAGAAUAAAAAUAAAUCAAGGGUCUCCCCCCCUAAUUUUUUUUAUUAGUCUCUCCCUGGGAAAUGCUGAUGACAUCAGAAUGUUCCGUCUCCAAUUAGGGUACAAAAUAGAGAGAUACCUUUCCUUUACUAUUUAAGUUACAAUAAUUCCAGCUCCCCCAAAAGGUUAGGUCAUCAAAAACCCCAGGCUUCUUUAAGGUCCCCCAGCCUGGGACAAGGGACCGUCCUUCCCACUGACGAAGCUACUCCAGGUCUCCUCAAGCCCCAGAUCUGGGCCUGGACCCAGGAGGACCUCUCUCACCCCUGUCCUCCUCGGUUUGUUGGUUCUAAACAAACGCUCUUCAGGAGAAUUAACAAUGAGAAUGUCAUUCCUUCAGGUGGAAGCGCUGGCUCCGCCCCGCAGGGCGUGCUCUUGGCCAAGUGGCCCUACUCCAAGGUCAGUUUUCCCAAGUCUGCAUUAUUCUGAGCUAACCUUGUUCCAUUGUAAUAGCUUGUGUUUUAAACGGGUGGUUGGUUAACUUUUUGUUUUGAAAUAAUUACAGACUUACAUGAAGUGGCUAACAUUGUCCAAAGAGCCCCCUGUAUCCUUCAUGCCGUUUCCCCCAGUGCUGGCAUCGCACACAACUACAGGACAGCAUCAAAACCAAGAAGUGGCAUUAGGACAAGGCUGCUAACUGGACUGCAGACCACACACCUCAUUCAGUUGUCGCCAUUUUUUUUUUUUGCUUGUAUUCACAUGUGUGUAUUUUCAAA